UCAUGGCUCUUCACACAAUCUCAUUCAUUUUCUUACACUUCCUUUUCCUUUUCCUCUCCUCCGUCUCCUCCUCGACCUUCAACGUAGUCGAUUUUGGCGCCAAACCCGAUGCCAAAACUGACUCGUCGAAGGCCUUCGAGGCAGCUUGGGUCGGAGCGUGUCGUGCAUCAACAGCCGGGUCCAUUUACGUCCCAAAGGGUAGAUUCUAUCUCACAAGUGCAACUUUUGAUGGGCCUUGUAACAACAAUGAUAUCACUAUACACAUUGAUGGGACGCUCCUUGCUCCCUCAAACUAUGGUGUGAUUGCAAACAAUGGAAAUUGGAUCACUUUUCGUCAUGUUUAUGGUGUUAGUGUCUUUGGCGGCAUUCUUGAUGCUCAAGGAUUUGAAUUGUGGGCUUGCAAACAUUCCAAAAACUCUUGCCCCUCGGGAGCUACGUCGUUGGAAUUUUCCAAUUCAAAAAACAUAAUGGUCAGUGGAUUAACCUCGCUAAAUAGUCAAAUGUUCCACAUAGUAAUCAAUGGUUGUCAAAACGUGAAAAUGCAAGGACUGAAGAUCUCGGCCGCCAGCGACAGCCCGAACACCGACGGCAUUCACGUAGCACUAUCUUCAGUGGUUACUAUCCUCAACUCCAUCAUUGGCACUGGUGACGACUGCAUUUCAGUAGGUCCCAGCACGUCGAACUUGUGGAUUGAGAAUGUUGCUUGUGGACCUGGCCAUGGAAUUAGCAUUGGGAGUUUAGGAAGAGAAAUGCAAGAAGAUGGUGUACAGAAUGUAACAGUGAAAUCAGCUUCAUUCACCAAUACUCAAAAUGGGGUUAGAAUUAAAACAUGGGGAAAGCCAAGCAAAGGGUUUGCAAGAAACAUUCUUUUUCAAGACAUUGUAAUGGUUAAUGUUGAAAAUCCAAUCAUUAUCGAUCAAAAUUAUUGUCCCAACAAUAAAAAUUGUCCUGGACAGGAUUCUGGAGUUAAAAUUAGCGAUGUGACAUAUCGAAACAUUCACGGAACAUCAGCAACGGAAGUUGCAAUGAAAUUCGAUUGUAGUUCAAAAUUUCCAUGCAGUGACAUAAUGUUGGAGGAUGUAAAGCUGAGUUAUAAAAAUAAAGCAGCUGAAGCUUCAUGUAGUCAUGCUGAAGGAGGUGCUACUGGUUUAGUUCAACCAUCAAGUUGUUUGUAGGCAAAUCUCACAACUAUAUAAUAUAUAAUUAUAUUAUAUGCUUUUUUUAGGGUUAGGGAUAUGUUAGCUUCUUGAUAUCGAUAACGAUUGAUGUUCCAAGGUUGAGGUUAUGGUACUAGCAACCCACUAUGGG